AUGGCCGGACUGUCCUUUGUUUUUCUGACUGGGGCCUGCGCGUGUCCUUAUGAUAAAGGAUACGCCUUUCGGUCAGACGGGCGCUACUUUGUGCUUGCCGAGAGACACAAAUCAAAGGACACACUUGGAGUGUACGAUGCAAUGCAAUCAUACAAGCUCAUCCGACAUUUUCCCCUACCUACAUUAUCUAUUUCAUCAAUUUCGCUGUCACCGAAUGGAAACUAUCUUGCUGUAUGGGAAGGCUCUGUCGAGUAUAAACUGUACAUAAUGACAUUGACAGGCGAUACAUUGGCAUCCUUCGUCCCUCCCGUCGAUCCGGGUCUGGGUGUUCGUACCGUAGCGUGGCACCCUUCCGGUAGCUUUUUGGCUGUCGGGGGAUGGGAUGACAAAGUUUACAUUUUGGACAACCUUAGUUGGUCUGUCGUGGCGGUUUUGGAAUCAUCCACGCGCAUAUCCUCACAAGUGGUAGGCAAAAACCAAACACCUGUACCGCUCUGA